GUGAAUUGUACGACACGAAGAGAAAGCCAAAUGAAAAAAAUAAGCAAAAAGUUGAGGGAAUAAUUUAGCACGAAAGGACUAACGGUCGAAAAAUAUAAACACGCGAGCCUAUGUUUCGCUUUCUUGUGCAAAAUUGAGAGUUAUUUUCCGUGCGAGAGUCUGGAGAACACAAUAUAGUCUAUAUAAAUAUUAUAUAUGAAAGCGAGAGCGACACAGUAUGAUAUACCUAUAGCGAACCGACGGUUAGAACAAUGGAUAUGCAAUGCACAUUCGAGAUAAUAACUGCUCUACAUCUAUGAAAUAGAAUUACCGAAGCUUUAUUUAGACGACCUAAUUAGGCAGGAUAAAAUUUUGUAAAGUUGUCUAAAAAAACUUCACUAAAAAAAUUAUUAACGAAAUAAUCGCGCAACAAUCUCGGAUAAACAGCUGAUCUACUCUAUCACAUACAUAUGCUAUAUGUAUAUUCAUUUAAUAUUCGAUAGGUAUUAUUAUUUUUAUUUAGAAAAUCGCAACAAUAGCCAAUUAUAACAGCGUUUACGAAAAAAUAAAACGAGCCGGAUUCUCGAAAGAUUAACUUAGAUUAUAAUUACUCAUAUCAUGCAGCCGCAGUGAAGUGAAAAACGCGGCUACUGCAGUGUUUACAAUCAGCAAACGCGCAGCUGCAUAAUUGUGUCGUUCAGUUCGCAGUUGUAUAAUGAAUUUUAUCAUGCAUUAUACGUCCGAUUCGCUUGUAUGUAUGUAUGCUCUAUCAAAACGUUAGAUCGAAAAAAAUCGCAGCUCCUGUUAUUACCGUAACGGCGCGAUUUCUCUCUUUUGCUAUAACUGUAUGUACACUACAAUACAUAUAUUUACGUAUUUAUGCAAAUUUUUCCCAAUACUUUUCACAGAAUUUCUUGCCUUAAAAUGCAAAAACUCGUGUGCAUUUUAUUUUCAAAAUUGCCAACACGACGCCUAUGGUUAGCAAAGCUUUACGGUUUCGCAUUGCAGCGUAAAAAACUGUUCCAGUACACGAUCCCAUUGGAACUUCCAUAUAGGUACGAAUGCGUACUGCAGUCGGGAAACGUGAGAAAGCGUAAAUAAAGGUUGGAUUACUUCAAAUAACAAUUGCGGCAGCGAAAGCACGCUGCAAUGCCUGCAAUUCACCGCUCGCCGUUGAAUCGAACAAAACGAGCACUGUGUUCUCUCUCUCUCUCUCUCUCCGGCUCUGAAAUGUUCGUAAACAAAGACGUGAUUAUUCGACUUCUCAGAAUCGUUAUACUUACCUAUUACACCCGAAAAUAAUCAAUCCAUACGAAAGUAAAGCUAAUAAAACGGAAGCCUGUGUUUGUGAGAAAUUACGACAGUGAGAACCCUAAGAGGGCAAAAAAAGAUCGAGCCAAGGCAUCAUCCAGUUGCGACUCCCAUAAGAAACCACGACUGUAUAGCCACUAUAUAGCCAGUACAGCAGCAGCGACCUCUUGCUCAGAGUAAUCUCAAGUAAUCUUGGCCGCGAGUCGAGUAGCACACACUACACAGCCAUAUCCGCAGAGCCGCGCAAGGCUUGACAUGCCUACGUGUGUAUACGCGAGUAGCCGAGCGCUAGUGCUGCUGCGGUGUCGUCGCUCUCUUUUCCCGUUCUACUCGCGCGUGUGCGUGUACCCAUUUGCGCGCGCGCGUAAACACUGCAUCAGCCCGCCCAAUAUCGCGCUGUCGUCGCGCGAUACAAGAAUUUGGCCCCUCGUGAUCUUCAGAAGCUCUUUCAAAACCUGCGCUGGACCUGUGGGAUUCGCGGAGGAGGCCAGCAGCGACUGAGGACAUAGUAUCAUCGAGGUGGUGCAGCGCGCUGGCAACGCUGUCAAGUUUGUUGCUCAGCAUUCGUGUGUGUGUGCGUAUAUACGCGCAUUGUGAUUUUAUAUAGCCGUAUAUAGCUGCGACGAGAGUGGAGGGAAGAGAGAAGCGCAGCCUUCUCGGGACGCCGAUGACACUGUCGCGUCAGAGCCGCCGCGGCUGAUUCGCGCCAAAAGCUGGGCUCCCCGGGGCCACAUCAGCCGCGGCCAUGGAAACACUGGAGAAGAGCCGCAAUUGCCGAUUAUGCGGCAAGAACUCUGGCAUAGCCGUCGACAUCUUCGACAAGAACGAGAGCCACGUGCGGAAGAUCAACGCUAUACUUCCUAUUCUGGUACACGAGAUGGAUUUGCUGCCAAAACAAAUGUGCCAUCGCUGCAGUUACAAGCUGGAGGAAUUCUACAAAUUUUAUGUUGAGUGCGCAAAAACAGACACCGAACUCAAGAGUCAAUUAUCUUGGAUGAGGAAGGAAAAUCUGGAAGAGAAAAUUGUCACUCCCAUGGUGAAGGUGAACAGAUUCAAAAUCAAGACAGAACCACCGGAUCACGACCCCAAUGACCCUGAUAGUGUUUUUGGGAAAAUGAAUGAAAACUCGUUGGUUUUUCCUGCUACUAUUUUACACAGUUAUGACUUUGAUGCAAGUCCUAUGCUGACUUGCUCACGCUGUCGCUGUAUCUGCAAUGGAAAUAUUAACAUUAGCAAGCAAUCUCCUAAGGAAGUGAAAGAACUUACGAAAGAAGUGGAAAAUCAACCGCAUGGUUCUGCUGAUAUUCCUGAUGUCUUGAAAAAAAGUGAUGAAUCCUUGAAUGAACCUAGUGAACCUAAAAGUGUAAAUACAAAUUUUAAUGACAAGGACAUUAUUCAAGACAAUCGUCUUAAAGAAAAAAGUGUGCAAGAAACCCCAGUAAUUAACCUUACCAAUUGUAGUAGUAAUAAGUCUACAAAGGUUAAUGGUAUUAAAAUUUUGAAAACUGAAAACUUAAAUAGAGCUUUAAGACCUAGGAAAGGUUCAGUCGAUUACAUAGGACAGAAGAAGAAAGAUGUGGCUUCAAAUUUGAAAACAAAGUUAAAAAGCAAACUGGAUAUGCUUAGUCCAUCAGUUAUAACUCCAGCUAACAUAAAAGUUACUCAAGCUAAUUUGAUUCACCCAGGACCUAUUAUCAAGCUUGAAAAACUAGACGAUGCUAUGAAAACUCUGAGAGUUCGUAAGAAUUUAGAAGAAUUUAAUAGAAGAGUGAAGGAAUAUCAGCGUAAAAAAAAUCAGGAAACCGUCAAUGAUAACCACAAUCGAAGAAACUUUCGUAAAGAUGACAUUUUUUCCAAACAAAGAACAGAAGAUGAUGACCAAAUGCGAAGAUAUUUACGCAGAGAAGAAAAGCAACGAAGAAAAAGUCUACAUAAACAAGAAAACAUAUUUGGAAAAAGAAUAUGUACAGAUGAUUCUAGAAGAAAGAGCUUUCAAAAAGAUGAAAGUUUAAAUCAAAAAAGUUUAGAGAAAAAUGAUAAUUCAAACAGAAAAAGUCUACAAAGAGAUGAAGUGAAGAGUAACAAAAAUCUACAAAAUGAAAAUAGGACAAACUUAAAAAAAGACACAAAUGAAAAUGUUACAAGAGUUAUGGAAUUACAAAUAAAACAAGAGACAUCGAACAAGGCAACUCCAAGCAAUAAACUACCUGGAAUAGAAACUGUGCAAGAAAAAUCUUGUAGAGUGGACAUUUCUAAAGAAGUGAUAAUAGAAAACUCUGAGGACAGACUAACUUCUGAUUCUGUUAAAUUAGAAAAAGAUUAUACGUGUAAUGUAGAUUAUCCAAGAAUUAAAAUAAAAAGACAUUUACCUGGAUCAAAUUAUCCAGUGCUAGAAGAUAGUACAUUGGAACUUAACUCAACAGAACAUAAUGAAGAAACAACUAAUCAAAAAUCUUGUAGUAAAGCUACUAAUAAUAUUUCUCCAAAACAUUUAAGAAGUGAUGAUAGAAAACUAAAAAGAUUUAAAGAGAAAAGCAAAAUAGGGAGAGUAUCCAAAACAAAAAGAAAAGGGAUGACUAUUAUUAAAGUUAAAAGAAAAGAUUUUGAAAAAGAAUCAUCAAUUGGUGCGUCACAGACUGACUUCAUAAAAUACUAUUGUGAAGAAUGCGACACAAGUUUCAGAAACAAAGAAUUGUACAAGUUGCAUCCUUGUUAUCAGAACUAAAGUGAAUUUAAUUAUGUUCCCAGUGAAUAUUUAUAUUUGAAUAUUUAACGUUGAAUAUUAUUAUUCCUUUAUUGUUUAAUAACAUUAAAGUUUUGCAAAUGAUAUCUAGCUAAUUUUAUUUUAUUUUUUUGACAUGCAGAUAUCUAUUGCACAUUUACUUAUUAGCUAGUUAAUGUUAUAAUUCAAAAUUUUGUUUGUAAUAUAACUUCACCUCUCUGUCAUUUUAAGUAAAAAAGGUGAUCUGACAAGUUAUGGACAUUGUUUUAGAAGGAAUGGGAUAUUUCUUAAUGAUUAAACUAGUAUGUUGACUUUGAGUAUCUCUGUCAUUUAUGACAAAAUGUAUAUUUUAUAAUAAAUACAAAAAAUAUAUGUUUAUUAAAAAACUCUCAAAAAAAAUCUUGACAAUUGCAAUCAAUGACAUUAUUUUUAUAGUCGAGGUGUAUCUUAUUAUUUCACAUUUCAAUGAAUCUUAAUCAAUUUUAUAGUAAUAACAAGCCUAAUAUUGAAUACGCAGACUCACUGUGAUAUUUCAAAAGAGUAAUAAUAAUUAAGUCUAAAAGUAAGUAGUCUAAUAAAAAAAAAAUAAUACAAAAAUUUCACAACAGUUGCUUGUUCAAAAUUGUUAAGUUAAUCAUAAUAUUUGGAUUUUUAAAUAAACGUUAUACUUUCUAAUAAA